CCUAAAUUAGGCGCUACAAAAGUAGACCAGCUAAUGUUAAUCAUCAAAGCACGAAAAAAUGGCCUCAAAAAGACAAUAAAUAGAGCUCCCGAUGGCUCAAUUCUUGAUAAUGAUGUUAUCCCUCCUCCUGAUCAAUUGGUUGGUGGAAUCGACAAAUUACCAAAAGAUAACGCUCUUAUUGAAAAAAAAAGACAAAAUGGUUCCAAGAUUCAUCAAUGUCAAUAUUGUCUCAAGACUUUUACUCAAUCAACUCAUUUAGAAGUCCAUGUUAGAUCUCAUAUAGGCUUUAAACCCUUCAAAUGCCAAUAUUGUGGUAAAACCUUCACUCAAGGUGGGAACUUGAGAACGCAUUCAAGAUUACACACUGGCGAAAGACCUUUCAAUUGUGAUGUUUGUGGUAGAGAUUUUUCAAGAAAGGGUAAUUUAGCUCAGCAUAAACUAACUCAUGAAAACAUCAAACCCUUUAAAUGUGAAUUGGAUAACUGUGGUAAAUCUUUUACUCAACUAGGUAACUUAAAGGCUCAUCAAAAUAGAUUUCAUUCAGACACUCUUAGUAGAUUAUCAAAACAAUUAGCCGAUCAAGAUUUUGAUAUUGAUUUGGUUCCAAGUAAUGAAAAACUUUUAAUUGAAUAUUUCCUAACUAUUUACAAAAAUUCAAAUAGAGGUAUUAAAGGUCGAGGCAAAAAAACAAAA